AUGUACGGAUACUGGUCCUUGCUACUUGUUGGCAUCGCCAUCCUUUGGUGUUUUCCCUGGAAGGAAUCAACAGUCAGCCCCGUUACCGUUGACCUUGCCCCUGACCCCAGUGGAGGUGACCCACCCCGAGAUAUUAUUCCGACCCGUUUACUUCCUCAUGACGUAGCUCGUUUUCUAGUCACUCACGAUCCAAACACCAACAUGACAGAAUCCAAGACCGUCGCCGAGGUUCUCCUCGACCCUCUAGGUCUCGAAAUCACUUCCUUCAAAGAAUUGCAGACUUUGUGGGCAGGAUAUGGUCAUAUUUGCUCUCUCACCGCACGACCUACUGACUCCAAAGCCGCUGCCGCAAUCCGUCAUCUCGCGCAUGCAAAAGGCUCAAACAACACCUUCUUCCUCAUCCUCAAACUCAUUGCACCGCCGCCUGGACCUACUGAUGAAGGUCAUUUGAGAAAGAUUCUGAGUUAUGAUGUUGAGCAGUAUUUUUACGAAUUUGUUGCGCCGCACUUGGAGGAUGAUACUGCCGUUGCGCAUUGUAUGACGUCGAGUUGGAAGGCGAAGCGUGAUGGUGGUGAACUGAAAGAUGUUACUGCUACCAUCAUGACGGAUUUGAGGGUCCACUUUCCUGUCGAGGGUGGAAAGCGGGCUUAUCUGGGAGCCAGGGCUGUUCAGUCUGCGCUGGAAUGGCUGGCCAGAUUUCACAGCAGUUCUUGGAAAUCUCUUCCCGCGAACUUGAACGAGUAUCUCCUUCCACCACUGGACGAGUUCAAACGACGAGAGACUGGAACUGGUGGGAACAAGUUGUGGUUGAAUGGUGGAUACACGUAUCUCGCUACUCGACGAAAGGAGUAUGAGUCUCUUUGUGUUGACACAUACUCCGAAUGGUCCGGAGCGUUGUGCACACCAUUCCAAGGAUCGGAAAAGUCUACUGCCGAAGUAGUAGCCGACUUCCUCACUCCCACCGGUCGACCUUUCGAAACUCUUAUCCACGGCGACGUCAAGUCCGAGAACCUCUUCACCAACGACGCAGGCGACGAUGUUUCCUUCGUCGAUUUCCAGUACGUCGGUCUCGGUCUAGGCGUUUGUGAUCUCGCCAAGCUCUUCACCUGCUCCGUCCCACUGGACUUGCUCACCAACAACCCCUCCCUUCCCCACGAAAUGGCCAUGGACAAAGGCGAGCAGGCUCUACUCUUUUUGUAUCAUGAGACACUACUCACGCGUCGACCUGCGGAGAAGGAGCCGUUGGAUUAUGAUUGGGAUACGCUUGUGAGGCAUUGGGAGACUGCGCUGGUGGAUUGGUGUAGAUUCCAGGCUUCGUGGGGAUUUUGGGGAAAUACGGAGUGGUUGGAGGCUAGGGUGAGAUAUAUUCUUAAGGAUGAGGGGUGGAAGGCUUGGUUGGCUAAGGAGAAUGUGGGUAGGGGUAGGGCUUCUAGUAUGUAA